CUAUUCAAGUUUCAUCAAUUGGUGCCUCUAUCUUAGUUUCGUCAUAUCGGUAAUUGCAUCAUUGUCUUACCCACUCUUCUCUACUGCCAACCCGCGAACCCACGAACGUCGAGUCUUCCGAUUUAGGACCUACAUUCUUACUAGGCCCGGGCCUCAUGGAUAUGCUGCGCGCAUGGUGAAGUUGAAUCCUAUCAAUAAACCCUAGUUGUCCUCUAGAAACUAGGGAGUCUUCCUACCUUGCCAUGGGUUUAAGUCGUGGGCCGCCGAAGAGGUGGUCCUUGAACGAUACAUAUGGCUUCAUCGCAACUUUCUUCGACGCACAGGCGCGAACAUACACGCGCAGAGCCACUUCGAGAUGUAUGACGGCGAGGCAACAGCAAUCUAGAUCGUUGUCAGUAGCACAUGACGCGAACCCGACGUCGUCUCGCGUCGAACCACCGAACUCCCAGGUUACUCCCUCUCCGCGUCAUAUUCAACGUGGCUUUCACACGUACUUCGUCACACACCUGCCAUCCUCCUCCCUGCAUCCGGAUUCGCGUGCUCCAGCUGGUCCUCACCACAAGCUUCCUCGGUCCGCUGCCGCGCCCCAUAACUCGGCUUCCGGCGCCGCACCCGUAUCCCCACCCCACCUACCGGCCAACCGCGACUUAACUGUUGUUCGCAUACCUCUACGCAGUGCCAAGCACCAUUUUGGGGUUGCCGACUCGAGAGGCUCUCGGCCUUACAAUGAGGAUACCAAUCAGGCGGGCACCAUAGAUAUGCCCGCAUUCGCGAAGCGCGCCCCUAUCAGUUUGGUUAGAAGUUCUAUGAACAAGGCAGGAGAGGGUACAUCGGCCGAUAGCGCAUAUGGAGACCCCCAAAUUUUCUACUUUGGAGUCUUCGACGGCCAUGGCGGCACACAAUGCAGUGACUUUCUACGAGAUGAGCUUCACGGUUACAUAGAAGAGGCCGCUCAGGACUUCGAGCUCAAAAGCAGCCUGAGGGCUCUACGUAAAGGUCGAAGUCCUGAUUCGGGUUCUACCGAGGUACCCAGCACUCCGAUCUUAUCCGAUGCCGAAUCCGGCGGCCAGAAGAAGCUGGAUCAGUUGGACAUCAAAGGUUCGGAGGCUGUCGCGGCCAAAGCUGAUAUCCCCGAAAUUGAUAAGCACGGAGCAAUUCGAGAAGUCGACAAUGCCAGUGCUGUCAAAGGUGUUCAGCCCGUCCCAGCUAACGCCUCGCAUUCCAAAGCUCUUCAGCUGCAGAAAGAUCUUGUGGCAGAAUAUAAGAACACCAUAGGUGGAUAUUUUAGGCGAUUUCAUCCUCCGCAUUUCCAUUUAAGGCAAGAUCCGGACUCCCCUGAACCUCCUGUCAGUAUCGAAACCGUUCUCACGUAUGCCUUUCUCCGCGCCGACCUCGACUUUGUUGCAGCUCAAGCCCGUAAGCCAGAUCCGGACGAUCCUUACGUAUCCGAUACGGCGUUGAAUUACGACGAAGUGCUGGGGAAGCCGCACCAUAUACCUCCUUCUGGCCAGGGUAUCGGCGGGCGCACACGUUUCAAGGGGGGUUCGACAGCUUCGGUAGCUCUCAUUUCGACGCCGACUCCCGCACCAUUCUGGCACCCGGCAGCGAGCUCUACGUUACUAGUUGGGCACGUGGGUGACACGCGCAUCCUCCUAUGUGAAACAGCUACUGGUCUCCCUCGUCCCCUAACUUCAGAUCACCGUCCGAGCUCCCCAAGCGAAUCCCACCGGCUGCGCCGAUUCGCGGCAUCUUUCGUUACGGACUCGUUCGGCGAGGAACGGAUCCAGGGUCUUGCCAAUUCUCGGGCCUUCGGAGAUAUGGCUUCUAAGCGACUUGGCGUCUCCGCAGAACCCGAAAUCACUCGCACGGAGUUAGGGCCCGCUCAGUACAGCUUCAUCGUCCUCAUGUCCGAUGGUGUGUCUGGGACGCUGAGCGACCAGGAGAUCGUAGACGUGGUCAAGGAGGCUAAGACGCCGGAACAGGGCGCGAGGGACGUGGUGGCGUACGCGACCGAGGUGAGUAGCGAUGGCGAUAACGCGACUUGUCUCGUAGUCCGCCUCGGCGGGUGGGAGCGUAGGAGCGAGGGCGGACUAGGCAGCUUAGGUACCAAGGAGAUUCGGGAUUUCAGACGCAAUGAAGCUUUGGAUCCACGGCGGGAUAUAAGAUAGGGGGGUGGGUUAGUAGACGUAUAUACACUUGCAUACGGGCGUGGCCGCAUGGUUUAAACGCAGGCGUUGGUCUUAUAAAGGGGUUCCAGGGGGGUACGAUGUCAUUUAAAGUUUAUUUAAGCAUUACCUACAUACGUAAAGCCAGUAGUAGAAUACGAAUCGGCCACCCGGUUACUGAGUUACAAUA